AAGUCCGAAGUUCCCCACCUAUCCCGGGCUCUGGUCAGUCAGCCAUGUCCCUCCGUGCCGUGGCGGUGGUGGCUGUCCUCUGUCUGUUCCCGGUAACGUUAACCCGGGCUGGGGACAGGACAGAUGGGUCUCGCGGCCAAUCCUACGUGGCGGCGGUCUACGAGCACCGGGUGAUUCUGAACCCGGCGCCGCACGUGCCUCUGUCCCGGGCGGCGGCGCUCAAGCACAUGAUGAGCAACCUGGAUGUGUACGAGGAGCAGGCCGCGCGAGCGGCGGAACAGGUGGGCUACCUUUGGGAGGGACUGGGAGAUGGUCUUCUCUUUCAAUUAACAUAACCAGAUGCUGUUAGUGCAGGGCUGAAACUAAAGCCUGCACACCAUGCUGCUAAACUCUUCAGGACUGGGUUACACUUGCCUUUGACAGGAAGGAUACACAUCAAUCUUGCUUGAAGUGCUAGAGUUAGCUUUAAAGCUCUCUUUCCCCUUUCGAGUCUCAACCCAUUCCCUAUUUCUCUCUCUUUCAGGGGGCUCAGAUCAUAGUAUUUCCAGAGGACGGUCUCCAGGGGUUUAACUUCAGUCGUCUGUCCAUCUCUGCUUACCUAGAGACCAUCCCUGACCCA